CAUAAGAAAUUUCGACAAGUGAGCGUCAGAUUCAAAACAUUACUUUUCCGAGUGGAACAGAGGUAACGUUAAUACGGAUAUUCCCUGUGAUAAUUCUAGGCCCUGAUCAUAUUAAGAUUGAACUGUUGCAACUACGCCAUUUGCAAUGGAUUCCCGUCAAGAAAUGAUGUAUCGCCAACUUUACAACUGCUGCUCCGCUCAAACCUGUAGCAAUAAAGUUUUCUUUCAUGACAUCAAUUCACUACUGAGCAACAAUCUUGAUUUGAGUGCAAAUAUUUGCACUGAAUCUGAAGACUUUCUCCGUCGUAGAAGAACUGCUGUGCCGCCACCACCACCAUCGGCUGCGAGACCAAAACCAGCAUCUCUUGACUAUCAACAUUGGUCAAGUAAACAACAGCAACAGAGGCAGCAUCAGUUAUAUUACCGACAACAAAUAAUUUCUCAUGACAGUACACCAACAUCAACUAGAAAUCCAACCGAGAGCACAACUGCACAUUCUGUCAAUGUUUUAAGAACUAAUCUCAAGUUCAGAAACCUUCCUCCUGCAAUAUCGGACAACGAUCUUGUUGGAGAGCAGACAGAAGAACAACGUACGUCGUGUGAUGAUAAUCAGCUAGCCGUCGGAACAGGUAGACGAAAAAAUAGGGAUUCGUUGUCACCUAACGUUAGUAGUGCAUGUGGUGGGAUCUGUAGUGCCAGUACUACUGCUACUAAUACAAUCGUUAACAACGGAAAUAGCACAUUUUCAGAUCUUCAAUCUAAUAAUCCAGAUCAAUGUGAAUUGAAUGAGAUAGGUUGUCUACCAUUCCUUAGCAACAUUACCAACAUUUUAUCAGACGAUCUACAACAGCAAUCUGAGAGCAGCAAAACAACAAUGGCGAGUGCCUUGAUGCAACAACAGCCAUCUCAAGUCAACGAUGAGAUAAACAUUCCAAAAUCACCACUAUCUUCGGCAAUGUGGAGCCCUUACUCUCAGUGUUCAAAUCCAAAGGAUGCUAUGACACUGGCUAAAAUUGACAGCUAUCUAAAUGGUUCGUUGUCCUCAAUCUCAGAUUUAUCUGGCAAUGCCGAAGUAGCAGACAUUCUUAAUAAAAAGAAGUGUUCUCAUAACAGUCCUCAGAGUGACACAUCAAGUCUCUGGGACUCAGCUUUUUCACCCCUUAGCCAACAGGAUCGCGCAAGAUGUAUGAGUCCAUCUGAUUCUGAUACAAGUGGUGUCGGCUCUGAAGGUUCUGAGCAAAGCAUGGGAAAUAACAACACUAUACAUCUCAAUUGUUUGCAAGAUAUAGUGAUGAAAAUGGAAAGCCUAAAACUGGAACAGAACAGCAACAUCCAAAAGCAUCCUUGCACAAAUGUUCAAAAACAACCCACCUGCACAGGUAGUCAAGAAAUACCAAUGGUAAUGACUGCAACUGUGGUGACAACAGAUCUGAACAAGCAUGUCCACCCUCCUCUUCACCACUUCAACAACUCAGGUAAUAUUACCUCAGUCCCAAAUAUGAUUUCACACAUGGAGAAUACCGGCCCCAUUCCCAAAACUCAUGGAACCACCGAUCCUUACGGAAUUGAAAAACUAGCAAGAAUGAACAGGAAUGCUGCCGCCUUAUGUAACCCUAUGUUGGCAUGGACAGGACAACUUCCUCCUAAACAAUGCAAGAAUCCUAGCUACUCUUGUAAGGUAUUCAUUGGUGGAGUGCCGUGGGAUAUUACCGAAGCUGGCUUAGUUGCUGCUUUCAGUCAGUUUGGAAAUGUGAGGGUUGACUGGCCUGGGAAGGAGGAUAACUCCAAAUCGAUGCCAAAAGGCCAUGUGUACAUCGUGUUGGAAUCGGACAGAGCUGUCAAGACUUUGUUGGCUUCGUGUAGACAAGAUUUGAGAACUGGAGGAUAUUAUUUUAAAAUUGCUAGCAAACGUGCAAGGUGUAAAGAGAUUCAGGUAAUCCCAUGGAUUUUAGCUGAUAGCAACUUCGCAAGAUGCCCAUCACAAAGACUAGAUAUUAACAAGACGGUGUUCAUAGGAGCACUGCAUGGAAUGAUGAACGCUGAGGGUCUUGCUCAUACUAUGAACGACCUAUUUGGAGGGGUAGUCUAUGCUGGAAUCGACACAGACAAGUUCAAGUACCCGAUAGGUUCUGGGCGAGUUACAUUUAACAAUAUGAAGUGCUACAUGAGAGCUGUACAGACUGCCUUUGUGGAAAUACGAACAAAUAAGUUUAGAAAAACAGUACAAAUUGACCCUUACUUGGAAGAUGCCAUGUGUAGUAUGUGCCAGCUACAACCGGGGAUAUUUUUCUGUCGGGAGAUGGCCUGUUUCAAGUAUUAUUGCCACUCCUGUUGGCUGUGGCAACACUCGCUGGAGGAGCUCCAAUACCAUAAACCACUCAUGAGAAGCAUGCGUGCUAAGGAUAGCAUUCAGAAACCAGUUUUCCCAAUCUUUGCUGAAUAAACAACCUUGACCAAUAUUCGUUGCGGUCUUUUUUCAACAGUUUCAAUUGAAAAUGAAUACACGCCAUAUUUAUUUGCACCGAAAAAAAAAAAAAAGAGGUUUGCUUUAUUGGAGGUUUUUUAUAUGCUUGGAAUUCUAAAAUUCCUGAUUUUCAAAAUAAUUUUAUUCAUUGAAAUCAAAAUAAUUUAAAACAAAUUAUAUAGUAUAAGUAUAUUGCAGUUUAAUUCAAAAAUUAUAAAAUCCAAUUCCAGUGGUAUGUAAGAUACAGUAGUGUACAUAGCUUUAUGCCGAAUCAAUAAUACUGACAAUAAAAAAAAAAAAGUUUGAUAGAUAAUUAUUAUGUAGAUUAUAUUUAGUAAUUUAUAGAAUUAAAUAUUUGUAAUUGACCAAAUCACACUUUAGGUUGCUUGGAAAAUGUAGAGCAAUAUAUUUUAGGCCUUAGACAAAAACUUAAUCGUUUGCCUUUGAUUUUCGCUUUUAGCAAUGUAAGAUAAUGAUUUGUACGAAGUUGAUAAUGGUUUUGCUGCUUACUUGAACAAAGACCAUACAUGUACAUAAUAUUGCAAACCAUUUAUUAAUUUUAAAAUGAAAGAGUAAAAAAAAUUAUAUUAAAACUGCACUUUUUAGGUAAGGUAACAAAAAUUUAUUUAGAGAAAUGCUAUUUAUUUCUAUUUAGUUUUAGGAUAAGUUCUUAGUAAUUAGAGUUGCUUAAUUAAGGUAUGCCAAUAUUUAAAGUAAGUAAAAUUAACACUCAAGUAUGGGAAUCCACAUAAAAACACUCCAAAAUCAAGUGUUUUAUUACGCAUUUUAACACUGGCGAAAUAAUCUAAAUUAAAUCUAUUUUGGAUACGAGUGUUCGCCUUAAAGUUUUAUUACUCAAUGAAUGAUUAAAAUAAUCAUUGAUUUCGGUUGCUCUGAAAUUAGCAAAAAUUUGAGUGACUUAACAUUAAGGAUUUCAUUUUAAUAAUUGAGAAAUCCAUUGAGUUCUUUCAAAUAUAUAUAUAUUUUUUCUUAUUUCAUCUUUAAUUUACAUUGUGAUUUUAGUAGAUUUGUUUAUCAUAUAUUUUAUGAUUUUAGAUUUAAGGUUUUAAAGAUAUAUUUUAUAUUUUCUGUUAUACAUUCAUCUGAUUUUAGAAAAAAAGUAUUUAAAAAGAUGAAAGUUUUAUUUAUAAUACUAAGGUUUGCGGAGUCUUCAAUAUUCAUAUUACUUUUGAAAUAAUAAAAUUAUUUCUAUCAUUUAAUCAUUAUACUUCAAUUAACUAUAUUUAAGGCGAAUGAACAUAAUUUUUCUAACCCCAGAGAAAGAAUUUGCAAUUCAAAGCAUUUUAUUUUGUCUAUGAUCAUUUUUUAUUUAUAUGAAGUGCUUCUUUCUCUGGUGAUGUUACUUUCAUAGUCGCAUAUAAAAGAGAGAUAGUGUCCAUCAUCUUACUGUAUAAACCAAUGAUUUAGCAAGGAUAUUAACCAACAUUCAUCACUCAUGAUUCAAAGGAUGGCAUAAUCUAUAUUUUAAAUAUUUUUCUUUCAUUUUUUUUCUUUUAAGUAUAUUUAUUCCUUACUGUUAUAGAAUUUGUCAUAAUAUUUUUUUAUACAUAAAAAAAGGCCAGAUUAAAAAUGGAAUGCAGGUAUUUUGUCUUUACCAAUUUUGUCAAAUAUAGCAAACAAAAAUGAUGUUAAAAACUACAUUCCAUUAGUUAAAUUUUAGAGUGUUGAAUAUCUGGGUUUUUGAGGUUGAUCAAAAGUAUGAAUAUAUCCAUUUGCUUGUUGAUAUAAGAAUGUGUGAGUAAGCCUUGUCCAUCUAUGGCAUCUUAGUUCAAUGUUUGUGUACUGUUCAUUAUAAAUAUAUUUUUUUUAAUACAAUCCAGAAAAACUAUGCAAAAGUUUUAAACAGUUUUACUCAAAAAUGUUUUUAUAUUUAAAAAUAUACAUAAGGUACCUCUAAAAUCUCAUGAAUGGUUUUUAUUUGGAAAAAUGUUCAAAAUGGACUUUGAUAUAAAAAAGAUUUUGGAUCAAGAGUUUGUCGUGUUUUAUCGAUGUUUAUCCUGAAAUAAAUUCAGAAUAAUUAUUUGUUGUGCUUGUAAAAUGGCAAGAGGAAGAGGUUUAUGGUGGCAGAUUGAUGUGAUGCAAUGGUAUUAGUGUAGCAUGUCUGUAGCAUAGCUUACAGCUUGUAGCAGAGGUAAUUUAACAGUACCUAAAGCUUAGCAUAAUUGUAGCAUAGCAUGCCAGGAAUUACCCAUAACAUAGUGUUUAUAGCAACAAGUGCCUUUAGUAUAGCAUGUAAUAUUAUGCAAGCUGGGUUUAGAACAGAUGGGUCUGGGAUAUUCAGUGUUUAAUAUUUUUAAUCGAAAAAAUGCUUAUGUUUUAUGAAUAAGCUGUUUUAAGGUAAUUUGUAUAAAAGAUUGGUUUAAAAUUUUAAGAAAUUUAACAUCGAAUAUUCCAUUGUGUGGAUACUGGGUGCAGUUUUAACAUGUGUGCUGUUUGAUCAGAUCUUGUCAUGUUGAUCAAUCAUUUUAUAUAAAUUGUGAUUAAAAUAAGGUUUGUUGUAUGUUAGAAAUAUUCUUGGCAACUUCUAAAUAUUGUGUAAAGAUUUUCAAAACGUUGCUAUUUUAUGAAAGAUUUAAACAAGUAGAAAGUUUUACCACCUACUAGCACCAGUAGUGUUUUUAAAGUUUUAAAAUAAUAAUCUCAAAGUUAUUUAUUAAGAAAAUUGAAAUAAAUUGUAGAUAAUGACUUUUUUAGAUAUUAAUAUUAAGAUUGCCUUUUAACUACUGGGAUAUCGUAUUAACAGCAUGCAUGCAAGAUUUAAUAAAAGAGAAAAUAGAAAAGUUGAAGAAAUACAGUAAUAAUAAAGACUUGGGUUAUUUCAAAAAACCAAAAUACUGUAGCUGAAGAACUAGAAUGGAAGUCAUUGAUUCCUAAAAGCAACAUAUUAAAGUUAUUGUUGAAAAUUUCAACUUUUGGUGUUUUGGACUUUUUCGAAUGUGAACAAGUUAAUGUUUUAUGAUGAUCAUGAGACGUUUCACAAUAAAUAUUAUGUUUCUCAAUGACAA